GCACGUUCCCAGAAGAAGAAGAAGAAGAAGAAGAAGAAGAAGAAGAAGAAGAAGAAGAAGAAUAGACGAUGAAGAAGAUGAAGGAGAAGAAGAUGAAGGAGAAGAAGAUGAAGGAGAAGAAGGAGAAGAAGAAGGAGAAGACGAUGACGGAUGACAAGAAGAAGAAGAAGAGGAAGAAGAAGAAGAAGAAGGAGAAUAUGGCGACGGAGGACAAGAAGAGGAGGAGGAGGAAGAAGAAGAAGGAGAAGACGACGACGGAGGACAAGAAGAAGAAGAAGAAGAAGAAGAAGAAGAAGAAGAAGAAGAAGAAGAAGAAGAAGAAGAAGAAGAACGAGAAGAAGAAGAACGAGAAGAAGACGAAGAAGACGAAGACGACGAAGACGAAGACGAAGACGACGAAGACGAAGAAGAAGAAGACGAAGACGAAGAAGAAGAAGACGAAGAAGAAGAAGACGAAGAAGAAGAAGAAGAAGAAGAAGAAGAAGAAGAAGAAGAAGAAGAAGAAGAAGAAGAAGAAGAACGAGAAGAUGAAGGAGAAUACGGCGACGGAGGACAAGAAGAGGAGGAUGAAGAAGAAGAAGAAGAAGGAGAAGAAGAAGAAGGAGAAGACGACGACGGUGGACAAGAAGAAGAAGAAGAAGAAGAAGAAGAAGAAGAAGAAGAAGAAGAAGAAGAAGAAGAAGGAGAAUUGGCACAUCUUGUUGGGAGUCUGUCAGCUCUUUUUCUCGGUGGAGUACCAAUGGAGCAUUGCUCCUAUCCAUGGUUGUGGUGCCCUAGUUCACCCGCAUGUUGUUCGACAGUUUGUUCAUCACGAACGGACAGCAGAGGCUUGCACCGACAUCAUGGGGAAAGGACAUAAGCAGUCGUCUAAGAGUAUGAAGAAGCACAGGAAAGAAACUGGCAAUGCCGAUGAGACAGAGGAACGAAUAGAUAAGUUGGCGGGAAAUGACAAGCAAGAGAGUGGGAGGAGUGAAGAUGCGGAAGAGCAGGAUGACGAGGGCGUAAAUGUUGGUCGGACAGAUCAAGGUCACAAUAUGGGUAGUCAUGAUGAGGAGGACAAUGAUGACGGUGGUGAUGAUCGUGGUGAAGAGGAAGGCGAGGAGGAAGAGGAGGGAGAGGAGGAGGAAGAGGAGGAAGAGGAGGAAGAGGAAGAAGAAGAAGGAGAGCUGGAGAAGGAGGAUGAUAAGGUUGUUGCUGAUGUUGGACAUGGAGGAAUUCGAAGCCGGCAGGGUGAAGGAGAGGGGCGUGGUAAUGACAUGUUGGCGGAAUAUGAGGUGGGUCAACAAGGGCGGCAGCGGAGAGAGUGGGAGAAAAGUGCAUCACAAAAUCUGCAGACACCGUUUAUGUCCGCUAUCUUAGUUGAGCAGGCGUCGGAUAAGACAAAGAAGAUUGCUGCACGUUUACUCUCGAAGGAUCCGAAAAUCAUGACUGAAGUGAUUGAGGAGAUGCAGUCUUCUCUGAGCAGCGAUUCUGAGGGCAUCGUCCUACGAGAAUAUAUGUUGAUGUCACCAGGUGCGGUGGAGGUGCUUACUAUGUGGGAUUCUCAGCAUCAGGCAAACACUUUGGCAGUUUGCAUCCCACUGGUUUCUCUCGUUACCCUCAUGCUUGAGCACCCAUCUGCAUCUCUUGGUGCAAUCGAGUCAAUCGGGCCUGUUGGUCCGGCGAAGAGGAGUGCAAUACUUGCCGUGCAUGCAAGGCUGGAUGCCCUGGCGCAAUCUAUCGUUGGGAACAGGAUGAAGACAAUCUACUCACAUCUUUCGUCGGGAAAUCCACAUCGGGCUAAUGUGGCUCUGCUUUUUCUUCGAGCUGUUGUUCUCCGUGGACGAUUUGUUGCAAGACAACUUUUGGAUACUUUCGAUUUUAACCUGGCCGCUUUACAGAAGAUACCUUAUUAUCCCCGAUUGCGUCCUGACAGUAGCUACUGGGACUGCGACGAGGCCAAGCUGCCUCAUGCUUUUGACAUGAACAGACGGAUGGGGAGCACACAAACACGUGUUGUGUUCAUCGAGUUUGCCCUGGCAUUUCUGCAGUUGGGUGACCCCCUCACUGUGCGCAUGGCUCUGCAGAAGAGGACUCUGUUUUCCCCUAUUCUUCAAAAGCUAUCGUGGGACCAUCCUCUGACAAUAUUUCGGGUGCUCUCGUUUCUCAAAAUGCGCGUGCUUGCGGAGGACAUGGCAGUGCCACGCAGGUUAAAGGGCCUUGUCUUCGGAAGCACCGCUUUGGAUCAACUUUCCCAGAUAUCAGCAUACGAGGAAAUGGUGGAUCGGCCCACGAACUUUACAAGGACAACCGUGACCCAUCUCAAGGUAGCUGCAAUGGAGGCAGACUCUGUCCUUGAGCUUCUAUGCACCGACUCAUCUCAGGGUGUCUGUCCAGCAGCAGGAGUGCAAGUCGAGAAGCUUGUGUCCUCGAUCGAGGGGAAUUCGAAGAUAGGAAGCGCAUUUGGCCGAUUCUUGAGGUUCAUGAGGAAACUGAAUAUUUCAACUGUUAAAUCACAUGCCAGGCUUCUUCUUGUGACUGCGAAGACGUGUCCAGCACUGGCAAAAGCAUACCUCAGUGUUUGCCGAGACUCGCUCGAACCCCGACCAUCUUUUCGAUGGUUUGCGUCCAUGUUUGUAAUCAACCGGCUGGUAUUUAUUGCAGGAGAAAGCCCAUCAUUCUUUGUGAAUGAGAUAGCCAAACUGCGAGGGCCCCCACCUGUAAACGGAGAACUUGUGCGCUCGAUGCUUCAGUGGCUUAUACCUAUGGAUAAAAGUCAACUAAACCGAGGAUUGCAGCAUUCUGACGUGCUAGUUAAGUACACGUGUGUAUGCACCUUGUUAUGCGUUCUUCGGGCUGUUCAGGCUGUCCUUGAAGGCAUUUCCCACAAAUUCUGUGAUUUGUUAGUGCUGUUUCCUGAACAAUCACGUGAUGGCGCCACAAGCUUUUCAAGUUUAGAAAUGGAGAAACUUGACUCUGAGACAAAGAUGGAAAGAGCGCAGGACAGGCAUUGUGGGAUGGUCAAAUUGGAAUUCCUCCAAUCCUGGUUGACCUUUGCUGAAGGCCUUUGUGAAGUGGUGCACCCUCUCUUGCCAGACCCUCAGGUGUUGAUUGGAGUGUAUACGUCAUCGCUCGAGGAUGGCAGGCCCAAGGAGGAUGGUGGGAAGAAAACUAGCAUGGCAAAUGAAGCAGCGGAGCGCGGCAAAUGGUCAGGAGGAGAGCUGCGUCGUAACAAAGUUCUGGAUGGCGGACAGGAAUAUUUUCAGACAUCUGCAGCUGGCAGACCUGAGGGGAUGACGAUGGACGCUUCGAGGACGGGUCGUGCAUUGGUUCAGAAAGAUGAAUUCGCUGUUGAUGCUGAAGAUGUGAUUGCAUCGGCAGAUCCGAUGGAUGAGAGCGAAGCAGAGGGGCUAAGCAUCAGGGCAGCGAUGAGGACAAAGGUGCUGGGCGCUUUGACAGUGUAUCAGCAAAUUUUGCCUGAGUCACUUUCAAGCUUUCAUUUUGAUCCAUUUCGACUGCUCCCAGAGGACCCUACACAUCUUGCAGAGGUGCAUCAACGAAGUCUUCUCUCGCUCUUGGUUGCAUCAUUGCGGAGUUCUAGCGGGCUGUCGUUGCAGUUUGUAGCGGACAUUCUUCAUCCGGGGAAAUUUCUUCAACCCAGAAUCAUUGAUGGAGCAGAUGGCGGAUUUGGUCGUGGCUUUUAUUCGGCAUACUGUACUGACGAUAACGAUGAAGCGAGAAAUGAGGUUGAGUUUGUCUCACUAGGAAGUAGUAGUCAAACAUUCCCACAAUUGGCAAGGCCGCAAUUGUUGUCGAUCUUCACGCUCGUGACCUGUGGACAGACAGAAUAUAUCCGAAAGCAGGCUUUUCACUUGGCCUGGAAGGCAAUGAGCAGUACGGGUGCAUUUGAUACUUGCGGCUGGGAAAUUGCCAUUUGGUUGGGAAUGCUGCAAUGCCGACACCAAGUUAUCGAGGAUGGAGGUAAGGACUUGCCAGCAAGGUCGACACGACGCGGGUAUUCGUUGAAAUCAUUGGCAGCGGUGGCUUCAUUUCUAGUCGAGGCGCUGAUAAGCCUGAGGAAGAACUGGUACCUUCAUCUUGAGCAUAUCCAGAAAGUUCUUUCGGAUCACGAACUUCUCAACCGCGAAGGAAAAUGGGGCGUGCGUCUACAGUUUGCUAAUGGGAAGGGCAUUUCUGAAAUUCAUCACUUCAGUGCGAUGGUCGUAUGUGUGCUUGGAAACUGCCUGAAGGUUCUAAGGGGUUCUAAAGCAGCCGAAGUCUCGCGGCAGUCGGUGAUUGCAGCGUAUACUGUGAGCGCGGUUGAGUUACUUUUACAGUGCCAGACGGAUCGCGUUUCACUGGCAGUCGUUUUAAGGUCCAUCCUGUCUUCUGAAAGCCACCUCUCUUCGGGAAACGAUCUUGGCCAGGAAGGCGGGUUUCAUUGUGAAUGGGCUCCUGUCCAGCACUUACUGGCAAUCGUGAACGGAAUUCUAAGUGGAUGUGAAGUCGAUGAUGCGGACCAGAGUGUCCAGGCAGUUCCGAAUGGCACAUUUGUCCCAUUUGGGACACGUAAACAAUCAAGCAAGGCAAAUGAGCAUUUGAUGUGGAGUGGCUUGCCUGUAAAGUCAGUGUUGGACGUCUGCGCGGCGUGUGUUGUAGCCAGCAAAGAGGUGGAGUCUCAAGCUGUGGUUGUAAUGACAGAUGACGAGGGAGAGGUGGAUGGACAAGUAGCUGUUGAAACGCCACGGCGUAAUGACGAUUUGCAGGAUGACCUACAGUCUGCGUUCCUGCAUGCAAUACUCAGCAUGCAGCCUGAAUCUGUGGCAGAGCAUUUUCCCAAUCUAGUCCAUGUUUGCAAAACCUGCUUUGGUGGUGACUUCAACACAAUUUCAGUUUUCUGUAGCACGUACUCGUCUUUGCUCCGGCAGUCGAUUUGGCUGAAAGAAUUUCUUGAAGGGGAAAGUGAUCCUAUUGAGAAGCCUGGAAAGGAUAGCAGUCCGCUAAAGGCAGACAAAAUAGGUAAUAACACGGCAGCAAUAGAGGAUGAUCACUCUGCAUCGCUGGAAGAUGCGGCGGACAUGGAGGUGGAUGAAGUCGGCAAUGCACAGGUUCUGCCAUUCGACAUAGGGAAGAGAGGGAGAUUAGGAAAAGAGAUUGUCAAAUUCUUGUCGUCAGUUGAACCCGCUGUCGCAUUCGAUCUGACCAUGCCAAAGGCAAUAGGAGUGAUGGUGAGACCUGUUAUCAUGGAUACUCUGAUGGCAGGAAUUGAGAGGUCUCGUCCUCAUUUGAAAAUACUUUGCGUGAAACUGAUUGUGUCAAGGCUAGUGACAAUGCGACGUAUGCACUAUCGUAGUUCCGAUCUCAAAUCCGUCCGGGAGGACCUUCAUCGUUUGAUUACGACCUCCACGCCACUGGACAUUUUACGCCCAGAUAGUAAGCUGUGGAAUCCCAUCACUGCUUGCUUUCACCUCCUCGGCUUUGUGUUGAUGCCACCUCCUUGCAAAUUAGACUCGGAAGACAGUUUGUUGAAUGAUUUGGCUGCACUUCUUCUCGGUCCGACUGGCCUGCUUGAUAUCUAUCUUUGCAAUGUAGAGCCUGUGGACGAUAAUGUGAAGAGCCAGGGCUCCCUCUUGUAUACUGUCCCAAAUGCUAUCGACCUCCACAUCACACUGCUGGUGAAGAAUAUUCUUGAACAUUGUUCGCCUUUGUGGUCUGAUUCAGCAAAAGGGGAUGUCUGGCUUAAUGGAAGGAAGUCGGCUGCAGUGAAAUUGUGUGCCCCUUAUGUAUCUCAGGCGUUUGGAAAGCUCAAGCUUCAGUUAAGGUCGCUGAGCACUCGUGCUGGUGAAGUAGAAUGCGGGUCGACCAUGAAGAGGCAUCCAAAUGGGAGAGCAGUUGACAGCAGGAGAUCCUCGUCAUCAUCUGCAGUGCUGCCAGAAGAGUGUGAUUCCGUUCUACUGUAUAGCUGCAUGGUCCUCGCACCAUACUGUGAGUUUCACACUGCAAUGGCAUUACUCAAGUUGCUUCUCCUUUCCGACGACUCUGGACCGGCUAAGCGAGGGGCGUAUAUUCAAGGAAAUAAUGCACCAACGAGUGCAAGUCUUGAUAAUCUAGCCUUGCGCCUUGCCCUGGUGGUGUUUGAAAGAGGUUCCAAGAGUGGUGUUCACCCGCCUGUCGUAGAACCCGUGGCACGAAGAGUGUCGUAUCGAAGGUCUGCAGCACAAAGUAACGGUUGCCGUGAACCUCGUCCGAGCGGCAAUGGAGCAGAUAUUGCCGUUGAUCUCGUAAGAAUCUUCCAAGGCAUCUGUCAAUUUGCAUUAACGAGGCCAUCAGCUGCUGUGGAUCAGUGUAUUUUGGCAGCAGUAACUGCUUCAUCUUCCUGUAUAGAUGGUAGUAGUAGGUCUUGGUCGCCGGUGUUUGAUUUCUCCUUGGCUGUGCCUAUCCAAUACAUGUCUUUGAUUACUGAACAGCCAACACCGACACGGAGCUUGGUGGUUGAGCAGUUGGUUCAGAGAAACCCGCUUUUUCGAGGAGCCUUUCUCCGUAUCCUGGCAAAGGGAGCUGCGAAUCAGACUGCGGAUGAUGAAGGUCUUGCAUCGCUGAUGGUUGAUGCAAAGAGAGUUCGCGACGCGGAAGAGAGUCAUGAGAGCGGAGAGUGCCACAUACCUGGCCCACAUCUUACGUCUCUCCUGAGGUCCAUCAAGCAUAGUCUGGAUGCUGAGGAUGAGAAACUGGCACGGCCAGUGGUAUCUGUUGUCCGAUCGUUCCUCCUUGGUCUCCUCAAGAGAAGAGCAGGGGGAGGCACACGGGACUCUGCACCCGUGAGUGAUCAAGAAUGUGUGGUCACAUGCAAUGCAUCUUGGCCUGUCAUCCUCGAACUUCUUGAGAAGUGCAUCGCUAUCAUGCCUCUGACGUACGAGUCUGAAUCAAGGGAGCUUGUGAGGUCGCUAGUUCCAAAGGGUGGCUGGGCCCUCCCAAACGUGGCCGAGGGCUUCGCAGACAGCAAACUGAAUGAGACGGAUUGUAACAUGGUGCUUGAGGAGGUCGCGGGCGUCUCGUGCGUUGCUUCUGCGGCUAGGUUGCUGCUUGCCGAGCAUCUGACAGGAGGCAGAGGGAAGCCUCGUGAAAAUGACAAAGAGAUGGCAGGCCCUGAGUGUGGCGAGGGGGUUGUCGACAAGGAUGUGAUGAUCAAUGGGGGCUUUAAACGCCCCAGCACAGCUGAUGGACUCAGAAUGGAAGCUUCAGAUAAACGAGCAUCCAAAGAUGCCGUUAGGUAUGCUGUGGCUUUGAUGAUGACCUUGUCAACUGUGUACAAAAGCCUCAAGAAGGGUUUUUCAGGAUCAGCAUCUGGUCAGAUUCCUGGACUUGAGGAGGCUGUGCAGGAUUUGGAAGACAAAUUGCAGGGUUGCUUACUGAGCAUUGCAAAGUGGCUCGGCGGCCCCGUUGGUGGAAAGUCGUUUGCCUCUGCCCUCAGGAUCUUCACUAUGGCAACUCUUCGCCAUCGAUACGCUCAUGCCACAGCGUUCAGUUGCCUGUCAGCGUUGUACAAUGCCGUGAGCUGUGGGGAUCAUAAUCUGUUAGAUGGGAGACAUCAAACUCCAGUUGUAGGAGACGGUGGCACUCAGGAUGCCAAACACAUGAAAGAGUUCGAUGAUGUUCGCAGGCUCGCUGUUGAGGCGUUUGAACUGUUGGUUGCCCAUUCACACUUUGUGCCAACCCUUUUACAGCAGCACAAGUCAGCAGGACUCCCAGCAGCUUUCGGAAAGCAUGCGGAAAAAGACCCUCCGAAUACUCUGAUGUCAGUUGUUUCACUGAUCGAUUCCCCUGUCAUCAUCGAUCCUGCAAGUGCUCAGUGUGGUGAUGGUCUUGAUUCGUAUGUCCAAGGAACGAGAACAGCCAUGGUUUCCAGAAAGCAAAUGCCAACAUCAGCACCCACUGCUGUAGCGCCUGCACAUAGCAAAGGUGUUGAGAAUGGAUUUCUAAUCAAAGAGAGUGAGGAAGAAGUCAAGUUGGAGGUGGUUUGUCUUCUUCGUGUUUUGCUUCGGUGGCAGCCAUGGCUGGAAGCUGUUGAAGGACAAGGGCUUGAAGCUGUCGGGUGGGCGGAGUUGCUGAGUGUACUGAUGGCUUGCUAUGGUGCCACGAUGAGUCGGCUGGACCGUCAGAUAUUGGACGUAAUGCUGAAGAUCGAGAAGUUUGCACCACCGGGCAUUGGGCAGGGAAUGGCGGAGUUCGACUUCUUGUGGGGGCAAGUAGCACGGCGGGUGAGGAAGGAGAGGAUGUCUUGUGGUGAGCAGAGAAGCAGUGACCAAGAGCUGGAAGCACGCCAGCGCACAUUCAAGGAGUUCUUAAUUGACCCACGACGAUGCGCGUUGACCGUCUUGUUUUUCCCAAAGAAUAGGCAGCUGGAGAUUACGGGAGUGACUGACACUGAGGGAGUUGAAUCAGGUACAGAUAAGGGUGAAGAGGGACAUGGAGUACAGAUCAAAGGGGACCAACAAGUAUAUGGAGCUCUGGUGGGAUAUGGUGCUGGUUCCUUUCUGAAAGCCGAAGAGGAUUUGAAAGCUGCAGGAUAUGAUCCAGCUUUUAUAUUCCGGCUAAUACAUCAUGGAAUUGACAACAAACUAUUUGAUGCCCGUGAAUUUGUUCGCUUGGGGCUGUUGUCCAUUGCAUUUGCCAGCCUGAGCUCUGCUGUGGAGGACAUGAGGAAAUGUGGCUACACAUUGCUUGCAAAGUUUCUUACGCUGCUGGAGGCUGAGGCUAUCUUCAAGGAGCAGCCACAGGUUCUUGCCCUUAUCAACUAUGUGAAGAAUGCAAUCACAAUGGAGUGGCAGCGAAUCCCAUGGAUUCACUCUAUCUUUGCGGCAGAAGCAGCUUGUGUGGCGGUUCAUCCAGAUAACCCUCACUAUGUUGCCGUGAACAAGUUCAUUCUGAGCCAGCAUGCUCUUGACUUAAAGGAAACACCAUUGUUCAACAGGAUGUUUUACAGUGACACUCUAAACCACAAAAGUGAGCGCAUGUUUAUUCUUCAGCUGCUGGGCGCAGGCCUCCUUUCCUCUGCCGAUGCCAUCAUUUUGCGGCACAAUAAGGUGUUUGAAGUCCUCAUGACUUUUCAUGGCUCAUCCAUCGCAGAUACUUUCACGCGUAAACUUAUACUUCAGGUCUUGCGGAGGGCUGCACGUGUACCGUCGUGCGUUGUCGAUCUCGUCCAGCGCACAGGAUUGAUCUUGUGGCUGGGAAAUGCAGUUUCAACCGCAGCUAUGGAGGCCAGCACCGAGUCCGGAGCCGACUGCCUUUUGGGAAAGAAGAAAGGGAUGGGAGAUACUGCCCUUAUGGCAGUGCAGACCCUAGAAAUUGUCGCUACCUCGUCUGGCGUCCGCGAGCUGAUAAACUCUGGCAUUGCACUCCAGGAUGCCGUCUCCGUGGUACAGCUGCUUUCCGACACAAUGUCGGAUGGCAGGGUGUCGAUGGAGAUUGCAAACCGGUUGCGUUUAUCCGUCCUGAGAAUCAUCGGCACCGUUCACGCUUCAAUAUCGCGAACGCAAAGGAAGAUCAGCAGCUUUGUCUUGCCGUCAUACAGCAACUUGCAUCGUAUUCUUUGUUGGGCGGGCUCUGCGGCAUCUGCUUCUCAAUUCGCUGAAACGACAACAGUGGAAACGCUGAAGCUCACAUUGCAAAUCAUUUUGAAAUCUCCACCUCGUACCAAUGAGAUGAGUCAGAGGGAGUUCAUUGCAUUUUGCAGAGUGAUGGAGUGGGCAUUGAGUGCAGUUAAGAGGCUUGAGAGUUUCCAACGCUUGAAGCAACCUUUGUGCGACAGCGGCCCGGGCGAGCUUCAUUCCAAGGGAACUUCAGCAGAGGUCAACGCAGCCAGCACAUUUGCAGCUCAGCUACUGCGCUGGACAUCUGCAGUGCUUGUGAGAGGGACACAUUUCAGUGUGAUAGAGUCAGCCUCUGCGGGGACCACCGUUGUCGGAAACGACUCUCACCGAGACGAAGAUGAUGAGAGCGCUCGCUUCUGGACAGCAAUGCUUCAGCAGUUAAUGGCGAACCGCACGCGUAAAGUUUUGCCCGGCGCGUGUCUUUCGAACACCACUCAUGCUCAGAAACUCGUGUCAUCCAUAGUCGAACUAUUGCUUUUCACUGGCAGGAGUGGUGCAGGAUAUGGCGAGUCGCUCAAGUACGCAACCACGGCUCUCGCAAUACUGGCGCAAGAACUUUCAGCACACCUCCUUGUGAAAGGAAAUCGACGAGCUGAGAACGUGCUGCGAGAAAUGAUGCAAGUUAUUCUGAAGGAGUUGCCGGAUCCCGAGGAAGUUGACGAGGACUGGCAGUAUCGGUAUGCGGGUAAAUCGCAGCAAGACGAUCCACAGAAUGGAAAAACCUCUGCGAUUCCGAGACACCAGCGAGAAUACGAAAGAGUUUUACGAGAAGUCAUGUUCAUAUUCCUUCGAGAAAUGUGGCAGAAUUUACCACCAUACCACUCACUGCUUUUCCUGCAGUUGAAGGCUGCUUAUCCAACACUGUCGUACAAUGUGACGGUCGAACGCCCUUGUCAAGGAGAAGCCAGCAUUACCAAACGAGACACGCCGGAGCAGGAGGAGGAGGAGGAGGAGGAGGAGGAGGAGGAGGAGGAAGAGGAGGAUGCAGAAGCAUCCAUCUCUCUGGGCUUAUCAACAGCACUGCAGUCUGUUGUUUCUGGGAUCGUUGAGCGAUUAUGUCUUGUGAGGGAUAGUUUUGCUCCGAGGGAUGACAUUUCCGAAGCCUUUUCGUCGAGGUUCCAGGCGACCAAGUACUCUGAACACUCGGACAACAAUACGGACCAAAGGGUCUCUUCGCCUAGGGAUGGAUGGAAGGAAGGUUUUAGGAAGACGGCAGAGGAGGAGAUGAUGAGGGACUUCCUACAAGGCAUGGAGCUGAUGCUGAAAGAGGCCGAAGAAUUGUGGACGGAACCAGAUGACGGCCGUCAAGGCGGGGUUGUGAAUGAUGCAUCUGUCAUUGGGAGGAUUGAAGCCGGAGGAGUCCACGUGUUCAGCAAAGGACGAGAAUGUUUACCGCGCAACCAACCAGGAGGGAGAGAUGAGGCCUCGGUCAGGGGUCCUCUUCACUUCCCCAGUACACAUGAGGAGUUGACCCAGACGAAGCCUCGAUCCAUCAAUGGAAAACCGGUAUUGGCUUCGUCAAAGGAGAGAACAUCAACGCUGAGUGAUGAUUUUGACACCACUAAGGAAAUAGAAGUUGCUGAGCAUCCGUCGGGGACGCGGCACAAGCACUCGAGGAAGCAAAGGCGUGGGGAGCAUGACGGGGAUGACGAUCGGAAGCAUGGACAGAGAGAAGCAGACGACACCGAGGAAGGAACGAGAGACCAGAGUGAGCGUCCAAGAAAGAAAAGGAGCAAAGAAGAGAAGGAGAGGCAUCAAGGGCAUGAUGAUGCCGGGGAGCACGAUCCAAAUGAGGAUGGAAAGCGCAGGCAGAGAAAAGAAGGCGACAGGGAGGAAAGGGAAACAGACCAGGAUGAGCGCCCAAGAAAGAAAAGGAACAAAGACGAGAAGAAAAGACGGCAAAAGACCGAUUAACUGGCUAUCGAAGAAGGUACGCAUCAGGAGAAGCAUACCAUCUGCUCCAAAUUGGAACCACUUCAGGCAUGGACCAUCAAAAGGGAUGUACCAUCUGGUCCAAUUCUCAACCGCAAGAGAGAGAGAGAGAGAGAGAGAGAGAGAGAGAGAGAAGAAAACAGGGCAAGUUGCAAGUCGGGAAAAAACAAUGACCAGAGUAUGAGGCAGUAGAAAAUGUGUGGAGAAGAGGAAUAUGCAUCAAACGUAUGAUGAAAGGAUGAAAAGAUGAAGCAGAGGUAGCGUUGGUAGGAUGGACCGCAUUGGUUGGCUGAACAGUGUGAGGCAGCGGAAAUAGUGUGGGAGAGGUGGAUGGCAGAGAUGGUGAAAAGGGAGAGGACGCAGAGCCAAAGUUACAUUGGUAGUCUUGUGGAUAAAUGAUGCAGAUUUUUUGACCAGUAGAGCAUGUGGGAAGAAGGGAGAUAAGAGAGAGAAACGACAACGUAAAUACGGAGAGAGAGAGAGAGAGAGAGAGAGAGAGAGAGAGAGAGAGAGCGAAAGUGAGACAUUGAGCCACAGAGACAAAUGGUAGGGAGAGUGAAAAAGGGAAGCGAUAUUCAUGUAGUGUAUCUUGUGAUUCGCCUGUACUAUUUUAACGUGCCCCAGAGUCGAUGAGCACCCAGC